GUGAGAUAUGGAGAGUUAAAUUAAACAUUGAUCAAAUUGAUUUACAUAUGCAAAACAAUUGAAAGCAAUUGAGUAUAAGCAACCACAACAACAACAACAACAACAACGACAACUUCAAUAUCAGCGCAGAGACAACAAAAUGCCGGCAUCAAGUGGAUUAUAUCGCAUCAAGCACGGCCGUGUCCUUGGCACUGUGCAAAAAACCACGGCAUUUAUUUUUAUUAUAGCAUACAUCGCGGCAUGCAGCACUUGCGAGCACAGCGCGGCAUCGUCAGGCAGUCAAAGCCGAAGUCAAAGCGGAAGCCAAAGUGAGGCAUUACAACGGCAUAUAAAUCAAAAUUUAAUUAUGUCGCAACCGCUCGACGGCUCUAGUUUUGCCGCCGCCUCGGCGGCCGCAUUGACAGCCCCAGAGCAACGUGCCACGUCUUCAUCCUCCUCGUCCUCCUCUUCCACGGAGCAACAACAACAACAACACUCACGCAUUCAAGCUAAAGACACUGCCGGUCCAUAUCCAAUACCUGUACACAUCGAGAAUCACCUGGAGGCGACGCAUGGCAUCGAUGGUGCGGAUAAUGUAUACGGCACUCCCAUGUACUUUGGCACCGAGAACUCAACCGUGGUGACGACACAGAUUGGCGCCACUGCUCACGUUCCUUGCACGGUGCAUCACAUUGGCGAGGGUGUGGUAUCCUGGAUACGCAAAAAGGAUUAUCAUCUGCUAACAGUCGGCUUAACAACCUACAGCAGCGAUGAGCGCUUUAGUGCGACACAUUUGAAGCAUUCCGAGGAUUGGACACUGCAAAUUAAAUUUGUGCAACUUCGCGAUGCUGGCGUCUAUGAAUGUCAAGUGUCAACGCAUCCGCCAACUUCAAUAUUUCUUCAUCUGAGUGUUGUCGAAGCGCGCGCCGAAAUAUCAGGACCGCCAAUUCGUUAUCUGACGCCGGGCUCAGCGCUGCGACUGCAAUGCCGUGUUGUACAGAAUACCGAGGCAUCUGAAUAUAUAUUCUGGUAUCACGAUAACCGCAUGAUUAAUUAUGACAUUGAUCGGGGCAUUAAUGUGUCAACCGAGCCAGACUUUCAAUCAUCGGAGCUUACAAUUCAACGUACACGUCGCGAGCAUUCCGGCAAUUUCACCUGCGUGGCCAGCAAUACACAACCCGCCAGCGUUUUGGUCCACAUUUUCAAAGGCGAUAAUCCAGCGGCAAUGUACCAUGGAGAUGUGGGUGGCUCAACAAAAACAACGCAACGUCAGCUUCACAAUCUGAUGGUUGUCAUUGCCAUCGGCUAUCGGAUAUUCCACACAAGUGUUUACAUAAAGAUUGUCUAAGUCUAACCAACCAAUUAGCAGGGGGUAGCAUUUGUAACUAAAUUCAUAAAAAGAAAUCAGUAGAACUACCAUUGUAAUUAAAGAAUAAGUCUACAAUUAAAUGACAGCUCCUUUAAAGCGAGACAUGCAUACGUAAUGAAUAUGAAACUAGAAAAUCAUCUGAUCAACUCAA